AUGGCCGUCACGCUCCACACGCAGCUCGGCGACCUCAAAGUGGAAUUAAGAUGCGACACCGCACCUAGAUGUUCGUUCAAUUUCUUAGCCUUGGCGGCGUCCGGCACGUACGACGGCACGCCCUUCCACCGGCUCAUGCCGGGCUUCAUGGUCCAGGGCGGCGACCCGGCCGGCACGGGCAAGGGCGGCCAAUCCAUCUGGGGCGGCACCUUUGGGGAUGAGUUUCACCCGGACAACGCGCACGAUUCAAGAGGUGUGUUAUCGAUGGCCAACAAGGGGCCCGACACGAAUCGGUCGCAGUUCUUUUUUACGUUUGGCCCGCAGCCCCACCUGAACGACAAGUACUCCGUGUUCGGGCACCUGGUCGACGGUUUUGAAACGUUAGACGCUUUGGAAAAGCUGCCCGUGGGCAAGAAGCACCGGCCCGUCACCGAAGUGACGAUCGACCGGGUCACGAUCCACGCGAACCCGUUCGCGGAGCGGGACAUGGUCAUCCGGUCGCCGGACGGCGCGGUGGACUAAGUUUUGUGUGUCAUUGUCUAGCAUCCCUGUUGUGGAUUCUGUGUUCUCGUGGAGGUGCCUCGCCUCGACGGCGUGGAGCGAAAGCGCUCCUAGUUAGUGACGGGUUUUUCAAGGUAAUCACGGAUUGCAAGCGGCGUCAGCGUGCUCGCGCCUUGGAGAACACCGUCGUAUCAUACAUAUAUCGUUCCCUCCAUCCGUAUCGAUUUGACGGCAAGAGGAGUGGUUGAUCAACAACUUUGAGCACUCACUGCAACUGGCCAGUCUUAGAUUUUGUUCGCGGAGGCCGAGGCGAAUAAUUUGGGCGAAAAAAUGGUUGAGGGGUGGGUGCGGUGGGACAGGUGUAGCUUAUGCGAGCAAAAUUACUACGGCGUCGUGCGAUGCGCGCUCGGGUGGGCGUGCUGGAAGACGUACGUCGGGCGGCCGGAGAGGGACGUGCCUCGGGUGAACGCGAUGACGCAGCUUGGUAACGGUUUAUUCCAGGCAAGCCACCACCAGGACGCAUUGUCCGUGCAAGAGACCGCGUUGUCUAUGCUGCGGCGCCUUGGCGCACCAGAACACCCCAUUCUCACAGCGCAGAACAAUCUUGCAGGCACGUAUCAAUUUCUCGGACGGCUUGAAGAGACUUUAAGCUUGCGGCAGGAAGUAUACUCUGGAUAUUUGAAGCUCUCUAAGUAUGGCGAAGAACAUAUGGAAACCCUCGUAGCAGCCAACAACUACGCGCUUUGCCUUAUGACUCUAAAGCGCUUCGAAGAAGCCAGGGCACUGCUGCGCAAAACGGUCCGCGUGGCGCGACGAGCUCUCGGGAAGAGUGAUCGGAUCACGCUCACGAUGAGUAAGGUUUUCGCGGAGGCGUGCUACACGGACCCCGGCGCCACGCUCGACGAUGUACGCGAGGCCGUGACGACGCUAGAGGACGCGGAACAGACCACGCGGCGCGUGCUUGGUGGCGCACACCCGCUCACACCGAUAAUUGAGCGCCAUCUGCGGAAUUCGCGAGCGGCGCUCCGCGCCCGCGAGACGCCUUCGGGGAAUGCAUAA